CUUUCAAACAUGUUGCAGAUGAUGCCUUAAUCGUUCAUCUGCUGACAAAUUUUCAACACAUACAUGUUGUAUGACAGCUUUGAGUUAUUUAUGUCUUUUGCUUCGGCUUCGCCUAGCUCAGCUUUACCCCACUUUCUUUACUUUUCUUUUCUUUUUUGCCUGUUUCACGUUUUGUAAGUCAUAUACCUCUCCCUGCCUGCUCUCAUUUUCUUUGUCUUUCUCUUAUUUUCUUUCAUCUUUUGCCUCACUUCCUUUUACUUGUUCCCAUUUUCUUCCACAUCUCAGUCUUGUUUGUUUACUCUGAAUCUUUUGGAGAGGGAGUUUUCUUCUAUGGCUUUGCUUAUUCUUCUUCUCCUUUUAGCAGUUUCUCAAACAACAGCUAGUGAAGAUCCAUAUAUUGGUGUGAAUAUAGGAACAGACCUAUCAGACAUGCCACACCCAACACAAGUAGUUGCUCUUCUUAAAGCUCAGAGAAUCCAACAUGUUAGGCUCUACAAUGCUGACCAAGGCAUGCUAGUUGCUCUUGCCAAAACUGGGAUUCGAGUUAUGGUGUCUAUCCCCAAUGAGGAACUACUUGGCAUUGGUCAAUCUAAUUCCACUGCAGCUAACUGGGUGUCUCGGAACAUUGUAGCACAUUAUCCCGCAACCAACAUCACAUCAAUUAGUGUAGGUUCUGAUGUUUUGACUACUCUUCCUAAUGCAGGACCGGUCUUGGUUAAUGCCAUUAAGUUUGUUCACUCAGCCCUUGUAGCAUCCCAUUUAGAUAAGCAAAUCAAAGUUUCAUCACCUAUAUCUUCUUCCAUAAUUCUUGAUUCUUUCCCACCUUCCCAAGCUUUCUUCAACCGGUCAUGGAAUCCAGUUUUGGUCCCUCUGCUGAAUUUCUUGCAGUCUACGGAUUCAUUUCUCAUGCUUAAUGCAUAUCCUUACUAUGAUUAUAGGCAAUCAAAUGGUGCUAUUUCGCUAGACUAUGCACUUUUCAAGCCUCUUGCUCCAAACAAAGAAGCUGUGGAUGCUAAUACACUUGUCCAUUAUACCAAUGUGUUUGAUGCCAUUGUUGAUGCUACAUACUCAGCCAUGGCUUUUCUCAACUUCACUAACAUUCCUGUUAUAGUGACUGAAACUGGGUGGCCAUCAAAAGGUGAUUCCAAUGAGCCAGAGGCGACAUUGGAGAAUGCCAAUACUUACAACAGCAACUUGAUCCGCCAUGUGAUGAAUAAAACUGGAACUCCUAAGAACCCUGGGGUUGCUGUUAGUACUUACAUCUAUGAGCUCUAUAAUGAGGACAUGAAACCAGGGCCAUUAUCAGAGAAGCAUUGGGGACUGUUUGAGGCGAAUGGUGACCCUGUUUAUAUAUUACGCUUGACGGGAUCGGGAUCGCUGCUAUCGAAUGAUACUACUAACCAAACCUAUUGUACAGCAAAGGAUGAUGCUGAUCCAAAGAUGUUGCAGGCUGCUUUAGAUUGGGCUUGUGGACCUGGCAAAGUGGAUUGCUCACCAUUGUUGCAAGGGAAACCAUGUUAUGAGCCAGACAAUGUGAUUGCACAUGCAACUUAUGCAUUCAACACAUACUAUCACCGAAUGGGGAAAACUUCCGAUGCAUGCGACUUUAAUGGUGUUGCGGAUAUUACAACGACAGAUCCAAGUCACGGUUCUUGUAGGUUACCAGAAAGUCUUGGCAGGGAUGGAACCAUGGCAAAUAUCACCGCACCAUUGAUGAAUUCUACUAGUUCUGAUUCAUCUGCUCGAAGUUUUUAUGGCAUGGGAGGUUUCACUGGCAUUUUAGUGUUGAUAAAAGUCAUGCUAUGGACUGUGAUUUUCUUGUAGUGUAUUUUGAGAUGUUUUAAGGAGAGCUGUUCCCCCUGGUUUUAGGAAGAGUGGCUUAUUCAAUUUUGUACAAAGAUGGAGGAACCAGACUUUGCUAAGAUCUAAUUAAAUCCUUAUUCUUUUUUCA